CGCGCCUGCGGAGCCGGCGGCGCGCAGCGACCCGCGCAGACACCGCAGCACCUCCGAGCGGCCGCCCCGCCGUCAUCCAUCCCCCCUCUCGCAGGAAUGGUUAUUGGGUUGCCUUGGAGAUGAUCCUGCUGCUGUAAAUGUAGGGCUGAAGAUUCAUGGUGUGGCCAGUAUGGAGCUAAUGAACGGACAGUCCAGUGGUGUUAACAUUGCAGCUACUGCUUCAGAGAAGAGUAGCAGCUCCGAGUCCUUGAGUGACAAGGGUUCAGCUGAACUGAAGAAGAGCUUUGAUGCAGUGGUAUUUGAUGUUCUAAAGGUCACACCAGAGGAAUAUGCGGGUCAAAUAACACUGAUGGAUGUGCCUGUAUUUAAAGCAAUUCAGCCAGAGGAGCUGGCAAGCUGUGGCUGGAAUAAAAAAGAGAAAUACAGUUCUGCACCAAAUGCUGUUGCUUUCACCAGAAGAUUCAAUCAUGUGAGCUUCUGGGUUGUUAGAGAGAUUCUGCAUGCACAGACUUUAAAAAUACGAGCUGAAGUUUUGAGCCACUAUAUCAAAACUGCAAAGAAGCUGUAUGAGCUGAAUAACCUGCAUGCCCUCAUGGCAGUGGUGUCAGGCCUCCAGAGCGCUCCCAUCUUCAGGCUGACCAAGACAUGGGCGUUACUGAGUCGGAAGGAUAAAGCCACCUUUGACAAGCUGGAAUAUGUGAUGAGUAAAGAAGAUAAUUACAAAAGGCUCAGAGACUACAUCAGCAGCUUGAAGAUGACUCCUUGUAUUCCCUACUUAGGUAUUUAUCUGUCAGACUUGACAUAUAUUGACUCUGCCUACCCCUCAACAGCAAGCAUUCUGGAAAGUGAGCAAAGAACAAAUUUAAUGAACAACAUUCUUCGAAUUAUCUCAGAUUUGCAGCAGUCAUGUGAAUAUGAUAUUCCUAUGUUGCCUCAUGUCCAAAAAUACCUAAACUCAGUUCAGUACAUAGAAGAACUACAAAAGUUUGUAGAAGAUGACAAUUACAAACUUUCAUUAAAGAUAGAACCAGGGACCAGCACCCCCCACUCUGCUGCUUCCAGAGAAGAUUUAGUAGGCUCAGAAGUUGGAGCAUCUCCACAUAGUGGAAGGAAAAAUGCUGCAGCUGAAGGAGCCUUGCUACCACCAACACCCCCUUCACCUCGGAACCUGAUACCCCAUGGACAUAGGAAAUGUCACAGUUUGGGCUACAAUUUCAUCCACAAGAUGAACACGGCGGAGUUCAAGAGCGCGACGUUCCCCAACGCGGGACCGCGGCACCUGCUGGAUGACAGCGUCAUGGAGCCCCACGUCCCCUCCCGAGGGCAGGCUGAGAGCUCCACCCUGUCCAGUGGGAUUUCAAUAGGUAGCAGUGAUGGUUCUGAACUCAGUGAAGAGACUUCCUGGCCAGCAUUUGAAAGCUCCCUAGAAUCUGAAGAUUUGGCUGUUCAUUUGUAUCCAGGAGCAGUUACUAUUCAAGGUGUUCUCAGGAGGAAGACUUUGUUGAAAGAAGGCAAAAAACCUACAGUAGCAUCUUGGACAAAAUACUGGGUAGCACUGUGUGGAGCCCAACUCUUCUACUACGCUGCAAAAUCCCUGAAGGCUACAGAGAGAAAACAUUUCAAAUCCACACCAAGUAAGAGUGUCUCAGUGGUGGGCUGGAUGGUGAUGAUGGCAGAUGACCCUGAGCAUCCAGAUCUCUUCUUAUUGACUGAUUCUGAGAAGGGAAAUUCAUAUAAAUUUCAAGCUGGAAACAGAAUGAAUGCAAUGCUCUGGUUUAAACACCUGAGUGCUGCCUGCCAAAGCAACAGACAACAGGUUCCUGCCAACUUGAUGACCUUUGAAUAACAGGCAAAUUCAAAACAAUAAAAAAGGACAAUUUGAACCAUCUCAUAAUUGAGAACAAGGUCCUAAUGAAAAAUGUGCCAGCUGUAUUCUGUGCCAGAACAGAACCUGUCAACUCGAUCUCUGAACUCUGGAGCCCUGAACAAAACCACUAAAGGUUGGGGAGUGGAGUUCCCCAAAAUUAAAAAUGGAGUUGCAACAUGAAUUGCCAUGGACCAUGCUUCAUUAUGUUCUGAGAACUGACCUGUGGAAACCACUGCCUUAAAGAGUGAAAGGAAAAACAACAUGAAACACCAAAUAGUGUGUGUGAAACUUCUGGCGGUGCUGUGCUUGAGUUAAAUAGAUUGUAGCUAGUUUUGAGUUUCUUUUAACUUUAUACUAAUUUUGAAAAUAACUCACCUUUUUAGGCAUUCUUAAGAAAACAGGUAAACUGGUAUUUAAGAGUUGUAUCAAAAGCUGUGUAUGAACCAGGUAAAAGGUACUACAUGUUCUGGAGAUGUUGUUUAGGCCUUCCCAGGAGUCCUGGAGGGGAGCUUGUCCCAGGCACACGGCCUGGAGCAGUGUUAUUUCUCUCAGACCUGUAAGAAAGGCAACACAGCUGCAAGUUCAGAGCAGCACUGAGCUUGCAAACCUUGGUCCUGUGUGGGAGCCAGACUCCGACAGGGGCACAGAGCUGAGCCAAAAAUCAGUUUGGUACGUUUAGCCCUAAUUCCUGGUGAAAAACACAUAUUUGGGGCAGUCAGGGGGGUGUGUGUAUGAGACAAAACUGAAAGCACUGUUGGGUCAGAACUGAGUGUUUUCAUCCCAUGUGUUUCUAUGCCUGUGACUCCUUCUCAGAGAAGCUGAAUGACAAAACACCAACACCUGGGUACAGCUCACUGAGAUGUUUGACUUUGGGUAUCUGCUAAUUAUCAGUUAGGGACCACUGUUAGUGUGUGGUGUUUCAUAAUAUCACUUCAGAUGGACAUUUUAAAAAGAUAGAGGCACAAUUUCAAGCUUUCAUGUUCUCAUUUGGCAAUAAUUGAUUUUAGUAUCUGUCUCGGUCAAAGUAGUUGACGUUGUGUGGUGUUGAUAACAUGGCCUAAAGCAGACCUUACAUACAGGAGCUCUUUUGAUCUUCAGGCAAUUAACUAAUUUAUUAGAAGGUAGGAUAACCUAAGGAGAGAAAAGGUGUGGGGCCAUCAAAAUUCCAUCCUUGACAGGAAUCAUUCUUGGUCACUGAAAUUACUCACAGAGAAAAACAUAAUGGUUGUAAAAAGGGAGCUGUGCUUUAUGUGUGUGUUUGAUGCUUAAGACUUUGAUUCUUGCUUUAUUGGGGUUUCCUUGACGUCACCUACUUUCCUGGAUGAUUGGUCUUUCUUUAAUCUUCAAAAAUAUGAUCUUUGUAAAGCAAGGAAACAUUGUCCAAAAUAUGACUCUGAUAUUGGAGCUUUGAAGUCUGUGAAAAAGUAGUAACUGUUCCGUUGACAUUGUGGUUUAGUGACCGUAAAUAUGCUUGCAGAUUCCACCAUGAAUUCUCCUUUUUAAACAGAAACAAGCUACCUACCAGUCUGUUUCAGAGUUCUCUGACUAUCUAAUAAAGGUUUCUACUAGUA